CACGCGUACUGUUGCGUAACUGUUUCAAAGGUUGCGUACACGGAUUCCACUUUUCGGAACAAUAUGUUAUUAUCAGGAGAUUAUACGUGAGAGAAGAGACCGGCUCGGAGAAUUUCAGCUGUGGUUCAAGGAUCGAGUCUGUGCAGGGUUCACACAGACAGAUAGACAGUGUGUGAAGGUGAUGGCACAGUGUGUGGGUAUAGCAGCAACAGGAUGAGCGGUGGAGCCCUGGGUAUCGAGAUUGUGCUGGUCUUCUUCCUGCCACUAUUUCUCCUGCAUCGCUAUGGACACUUCCGCAAGCAACACCCACUGGUGCUGUUCGGGACCCUCCUGUCCUGGUAUCUCUGCUUCCUCAUCGUCUUCAUCCUUCCCCUGGAUGUCAGCACGACCAUAUAUAACCAGUGUAAGAUUGACAACGAGAAACCCAGGGCUCUGACCAGUUCAGACUCCUCUAAUCAGACAUCCAACUCCUCUGUCUUCCCUACAAGCACACCUAAAGUAUGUCACAAGCCGUGGAGCUAUAUUCCUGAUGGAAUCCUGCCAGUGUUCUGGCGGGUGGUCUACUGGACUUCUCAGUGUCUGACCUGGCUGUUGCUCCCCUUCAUGCAGUCCUAUGCACACUCUGGGGGCUUUUCUAUCCUCGGCAAGAUUAAGACGGCCCUUAUCGAGAACGCCAUCUACUAUGGCACCUACCUGAUCAUCUUUUGCUCCUUGCUUAUCUACGUGGCUGUCCAUCCCCAGUGGCAGCUAACCUGGCAGGGCCUGCAAACCAUUAGCAUCGCAGCAGCAAACACCUGGGGGCUUUUCCUCUUGGUGCUGUUGCUAGGUUACGGCCUGGUGGAGAUCCCGUGCUUGUACUGGAACUCCUCUCGCCACGGUUACCUGUUGGCCAAGACCUACUUCAAGGUGGCCAAGCUGGCGACGGAAAAGUCAGACGCCGAGGAAAACAUGGAUGACGCCAUGGAGGAGGUGGCGAAUGUCAACGAAUCAAUUGGGUACGGUCACCCCCUAAGGAACAGCAUCGACACUAUUUUGAGAAAGUGUCCCAUGGAAAUCCAGGAGAAAAUGGUGAGGCUGAACACGGAGGACAGUGGGGAUGAAAGCACACAGAGGACCUAUCCUUCCAAAAGGAGCCUCGUAAAGCUUCAUAAGCAAGUGAUCUAUGCUGGCCAGAGACACAGUCAAACACAGGUCCAGUGGGCGAUCCUUCUGGAAGAGGCCUUCCAUUUAGAGGACGUGUGUAAGAAUGAGACCAGUGCCUCCCAUCAGUUUGUCCAUAGUUUCCUCUCCUCCCAGCCACCCGGCUGGCUCGGCAAAUACCUGUACACUCCCACCAUAGAGUGGUACUGGGAGUGUGUGCUGCGACAGUGGUGCUACCGACUGCUGGCACUACUGCUGUCUCUACUCUCUGUGGCUGUGGUGUGGUCUGAAUGCACAUUCUUCAGCACACAUCCUGUCCUCUCACUCUUCGCCGUCUUCAUCCAGUUAGCAGAGAGGGACUACAACUACUUGUACAUAGAGAUGGCGUGCUUCGUCACUAUUUUGUUCCUGUGUGUUUGUGUCUACUCCACGGUGUUCCGCAUCAGAUUCUUCAACUACUACUACCUGGUACCUCACCAUCAGACAGACGCCUACAGCCUACUGUUCAGCGGAAUGUUGUUCUGUCGACUGACUCCUCCGCUGUGUCUCAACUUCCUGGGUCUCAUCCACAUGGACGCCUCCAUUUCUCACCAGCAGAGAGUAGAGACAGCAUACACCACAAUCAUGGGCUCUAUGCGUCUCCUCUCCUUCAUAGCAGAUGGUUUCUACAUCUAUUACCCCAUGCUCAUAGUCCUCCUCUGCAUCGCCACCUACUGCAGCCUGGGUACCCGCUGUCUCAACCUCCUGGGGUUUCCACACUAUAUUAGUCAGAGCGAUGACUUGACCUCUGAGCUGGUGGAAGAGGGCAGAGAGCUUAUCAGAAGAGAAAGAAGAAAACGACAGAGAAGCGAGGAUGGGGAGAUGCGGAAACGAGGAUGGAGAGAGCGCUAUGGAGAACAGCGAAAUGUGAGGAGGAACAGAAAUGGUUAUUCCGAGUUAAAGGACAACGACUCUCCCUCAGACAACAGUGACACUGCCCAGUUGACCUGGAGAGAGAGCAGGGAUCACACGGGGCUACUUCAGGACGUGGACACCAUAAGCCUAGAUCCUAGUGAUUCUCCAACCCAGAGGUACGCAGGAGGACGUUACCUCUCCCUGGCGUCCUCUCAGAUACACAUUUUCAACGAUGUCUGAGAGGAGCCUCUGCUCAGAGGCUGUGGGACUGAACUGACCUUUCCUCAUUGCCCACACGGCUGCUAGAGUUCCAUGGAUAUUUUCUUCUUCUCUUUUGUCCUUUAGCCUGUUUGUCUGGAGAUAGAUAUUUAUUUAAUGCACAUUGGGAUCAUAAUGAAUAAGAUAACAUAGACCAGGGUUUCUGAUCUGAGAUCAGCACUCCAACUGUGGCUCCAGUAGUCCCCCAAGAACAAAACAUUGUCUGACCUCAGGAACAACUGUGACCUUUAACCUUAGGAACAAGGGAUGCAUUAGGGCUCCUGACCAAGUGCUUACCUUUUCUCCCCCUCCUUUGAUUUCCGUUUGUGUUUUUAGAACCCAUUCAUUCUGUAACGACUACUCAGUGAUUGCCAUUCAUCUCACAAUGCCUCUUUGCCAGGGUAUGUAUGAGUUUUUAGGGUACGAUGACAAUACAUCUCUUCUUUCUAGGAGAUUUUCCUGUGCCUUGAUUUUUCUGAAGGCAUAAUGGAUGUGCACCCUAGUUUUGCUCCAUUUGAAAUGGUUUUAUUCCCAUAAAUGCUGUAUAUUUAAAUAUCGAUGUCCUUUUAUAGAUGUUGAUUAAAAAAAUUACAGUACAA